AUGUUGCCUCCCUUCGAUUACCUUACCUACCGUCGCAUACGCAACCAAAAACGAGCCGAACGAGAACUCCGGUUUACGGGUCUUCCACACCACUAUCAUCUCCGCAUUGCUGACCAGGACCGAAAGAUUAUCAAUCGGCCCAUCGAGGAACUUGUUCACGAGGUCCAAGUCUCAGCUGUAUCUCCACUUGAUGUCCUUCGCACCUAUGGAAAGGUAGCCAAAAGGGCCCAGGAGCGGACUAACUGUAUUACCGAGCUGAUGCUGCCCGAGGCCGAGGCUUGGCUGGAGUCGGAGAUCAACCUGAAGGGUCCAUUGGCUGGUAUUCCGGUUUCUUUAAAGGAUUCUAUUCACGUCAAGGGAUUCGAUGCAAGUGUGGGGUACGCAGCUCUGGCUGGAAAGCCUAUUUUGGAAGAUGGGCCUAUGGUGCAGCUCUUGAAAGAUGCCGGGGCUGUUCCGUACGCUAAAACUGCUCUCCCAAUCACUCUACUCUCUUUUGAGUCAGACAACGGCCUCUGGGGUCAAUGCCGCAAUCCACAUGUCCCAGCAUACUCGCCGGGUGGCUCAACCGGUGGAGAGGCAGCGUUGCUGGCGCAGGGUGGCCGUAUUGGUAUUGGAUCCGAUGUGGCUGGCUCGGUGCGGGUUCCCGCCGCCUGGAGUGGUAUUUAUUCUCUCCGCUGCAGUACUGGCCGCUGGCCCAAGGGCGGCGUGAAUACCAGCAUGCCCGGUCAGGAGGGUAUUCCCAGUGUAUUUAGUCCUAUGGCCCGCACCUUGGAUGAUUUGACAUACUUCACUCGUGCCAUAAUUCUCAUGGAGCCUUGGAAAUACGACCACACUGUGCACCCCAUUGCCUGGCGCAGUGAGAUCGAGUCCGAGGCUCAAAACAAGCCUCUUCGCGUCGGAGUGAUGACCUCGGAUGGCGUCGUUCCCCCAACCCCAGCUAUUGAGCGUGCCAUCGCAACAACAGUAGCCGCCCUCACCGAAGCAGGCCACACAGUCUCAGAAAUCACCACCCCACCCAAUGCAGACCCCUUAACCGGCCUGCACCUUGCCUCGCAACUCCUCAACUCAGAUGGCUGCCACCACUUCAACGCCAACCUCAAGAGCUUUGAACCCUCCGACCCAGGCGCCAUCCAACUCUCCCGCAUCGCUCACCUCCCCGCUCCGCUCCGCUACCUUUACUACCUCUACGUGCGCUAUGUCCGCCGCGACGUGGUCUCCGCCACUCUCAUCCGCGACUUCGGUCCCAAGUCAUCCGCUCAGCUGUGGACCCUAACCGCCCAGCGCGAAGCUUUUCGCGCCGUCUGGCACAAGUGGUGGGAUGCCGAGCCCCAGCAAUUCGAUUUCAUCUUGUGUCCUGUCAACGCUACCCCGGCUCUCCCGCAUAAGGCCAUGCACGACGCCGUCUCCUCGUGUGGCUACACUUUUCUCUGGAACCUGCUCGACUACUCCGCCGGUGUUAUCCCCGUUGGACAUGUAGACCCUAUCCGCGACGCCCUCGCCGCACCGUACAAAACCGCCCUUAAGCGUCUGGGCUGUAACCACGGCAUUGCUCGCGGUGCGUGGAAACACUAUGACUCGGCCAAGAUGGCUGGUCUCCCCACUGCCGUGCAGGUCGUCGGUCGCCGCUGGCAGGAAGAGCAUGUUCUCAGGUACAUGGCUGCUGUGGAGAAGGCACUUGACCAAUACACCGAUCCACAGACCGGUGAGAGCUGUCGGUAUACCCUCUUGGAAAUUGAUUAA